AUGGUUAAGUCUGCUUCGGGAACUAGUGGAAAAACCUUUGGUAGAGGUGCUCAAACUCCUGGAACUGGUCCACCACAUAAUGCGCCAGAUUUACCCAUAGCUGGAAGAUCAGAUGAAGGCAUGUUGAGAUCGUCAAGUGAUAACAGUGGCAAUACCCCUUUACAACCUCCUUCACCCCCAUUCCUCGACCAACCGCCUACUCAAACGGUCCUCGGACCUGUCGUCAGACCAAUUUCUUCUGCCACCCCGACUCCGACCUCUCCUCUGGGUAUGGGUCAACCUCGAAGCCCUGGCAUUAGCAGAUCAAAUUUGGGAGAAGCCACGCACAAUCAUCCUUCUAUUCGACCACAGCCGGCUGCUGAUGUGGCAGAAAGAGAAGGAGACGGAGACAUGGAAAGUAUCAAAGCACGAAAGAAGGGGGGAGAAGAGGAGCGUAUAGAGCCCUCAGCAGGUCCGUCUGGUACAUCUGGCAUCACGCAAUUUCCAUCCGAAGGCCCGGUUGGACCAGUCAGACCCAUUCCAGACCGAAACAUCACCCCUCCUCCCCAAGGCGAUAUCAGCUCACCAGAGGGGUCCCCACUAUCAUCCGGAAGUACUUCACCUGGACCACUAACGACAUCGGGACAGCUCAUUCAUCCUCUAAAUGUACCCGAACAACAUUCCUCUCUUGACCCACGAUCGACUUUUGAUCCGGAAACGCCUCAGGGAUCAAAGGGUGGUCUCUCAUCCAUCUCGGAACGAUCUGGUGAAGGGAUGUCUACUCAUGAUGCUCACGGGACCUUGCCCACUUCCGAGUCCAUCACUUUGAUUCCCCGUCCAAAUGAAGAGCCGAUGGAAUCCAUUGGUCAGUCUGUAGAUGCUGCUGCGGAUAGACUAGCCGAAAAAGAACGACAGAUGGAAAGAGAGCGCCUUGCGGAAGGUACGGCCAGUGCUGCUACUACCCCUGAUAUUGGCGAGAGACCACCUACUCCGGUCGAUAAGGAUAUUCAGCUCGAUACGAAGGUUACGAGGACGGGUGAUCGACCCAGCGAAGAGUCUUCUCCAUUUCAAAAGGCUUCAUCUUCCACUCAAGCUCAACGCCCGACCCUUCCUAAGGAAACGACGGAUGAAAAUGUUUCUGAUGUUGGGACUACUGCAAAUCCCGAACUACCCACAGGCGAACAAGGUCCAGGUCCGACUGAAACUGCGGCUGGUUAUCAUGUAGGUACCGGAGAAGGUGAAAAUACAGCAGGAAAUGUAUAUCCGCCUGCACCUGCUCAAGCUGGUCAGGUGCCGUUGGUAAUUAAGCCGAAAUGGUAUAGACGAUGGUGGGGAAAAGCCAAGCGAAUGUUGAAUUAG